CGUCACAGCACGACAGACAUUGGGCACUUUUGGUGGGAAUAUGAGUUCUCCUCCACGCACAUUUAACCUAAAAUUAAAGGGUUUACAUAUGUAUUCUGAUGUAUAACGUAGUGCCAAAGUAAGCUGCUAUGUGUCACGUACAUAACAGUGUCAAAGGUUCGUUCAAAUAGCACUUGAGGUGUGCUAAAAACAUCAAGCUAAUCAGGAAAAGUUCACUCUGUCUAUUGUUAGCUAGCAUGCUAUCACGUUAGCCAACGGUGACUAGCAUCAAGACGCGUUUACUUUAGUUUUCUCAGCCAAAUAUUCCGCCACUGAAAGGACACUUUAUGUAUUUUAUAUUUUAGUGACUGGCUGGAAGAGCGUUUAGUGGCAAAGCAGACGUCCGUUUGUUUUUUUGUCCUUCAUACUGGAUAAUUAAUUGAUUUGUAACUUGCCGAGAAUCAACAACAACAACAACAUGCCAGAAAUCAAACUCAAACACGUCGUUUCCUGCAGCACCGAGGACACUACUCACAAGGCUGAAAACCUACUGAGCUCGGACACUUACAGAAAGUGGAAAGCAGCAAGACCCGGGGAGAAGCAGACAUCAGUCAUUCUGCAGUUCGAGAAGGAGGAGCAGGUGCACAGCAUUGACAUUGGAAAUGAGGGCUCGGCUUUCAUCGAGGUGCUGGUGGGGAACUCCUCAGCUGUCAGAGACCAGGAUUAUGAGGUUCUGUUGGUUAUGUCUUCCUUCAUGUCCCCCACGGAGAGCCGUAAUGGCACCAACAUGAAUCGGGUGCGUUUCUUUGGGCCCAACCAGCUGCAGAAGAGCACAGCACAGGAGAAGUGGGACAGAGUGAAAAUUGUGUGCAGCCAGCCAUACAGCAAGAACAUAGCAUACGGAGUGGCCUUUGUUAAGUUUCAUUCACCGCCUGACAAAAAUGAUCCUCCUCCAACAUCUUCCCCAAAACUGACAAAGUUGGGGCAGUUCAGGGUGAAGGAUGAGUCUCCUACACCAGGUCCUAGCCUUCAGCCUGGCAGUCUCUUCUUCAGUCGUGACACUGCAGCAAAGUCCAGCACUCCACUCAAAGUGUCUCCUCAAAAUGAGAGGUUGAGUUAUGCUGCUGCUGCACUGCAGGCUGGCGGCAGCUCCCACUCAUCAGGCCAAGCUUCCUCCUCCAGCUCUGCCUCACCACAGCCACCAGGGAAAAGAAAAUUUGAGUUCAGCAAAGAGCGGCAGUCUGCCUCCGGCCCUCCACCCUCGAAGAAAAUAAGCCCAGCCGGCUCGCCUGAGGUUAAAGCUGCGACCCCCAAACACAAGCCGAGCCCUGCCAGCACGCCGAGCCCCAGCACUGUGAAAGCUUCCCCAGCACAGAAGUCUUAUGACAAGAAGCGGGAGAGCCAGUCCAAACCAAAACCCAAGCAACAGAAAGCCAACGCACAGCAGGUCCCAUUCCAGCGGAUGAUGGAGGGGGUGGUGUUUGUCCUCAGCGGCUUCCAAAACCCCUUUAGGGGGGAGCUGAGGGAAAAGGCUCUGGACAUGGGAGCGAAAUACCGACCUGACUGGACGCCCGACGCCACACACCUCAUCUGUGCCUUCGCUAACACCCCUAAGUACAGCCAGGUGAAAUCAGCAGGGGGCAUCAUCGUACGGAAGGAAUGGGUGAUUGACUGCCAUAAGAGGAAACAGAUGAUCUCCUAUAAAAGGUAUUUGAUGGAUGGAGCAGAGUCGAGUUCAGACAGCGAGAUGGAAGAGGACGACCAGAGUGAAGAGGAAAUUGACACAAAGACUCCGCAGAAGCACGAGAGACAAGUGACCCCCAAAAAGACACCAGAGAAGAGGAAUGACGAUGAUGAGUAUGCUGGCUCCACUGAUGUGGAUCAACCAGGAGGUGGGGAUGAUGAGUCUGGUGUGGACACGGAGGAUGAGCUGCAGAGGGUGGAAAAUGAGAGUAGACAGAAAAAAGCAGCAGCAGAAGGAAAGAUAGCGAACCAGGAGGAUCCUUACGGGGGGUCGACAGAUGAAAACACAGACGCUGAGGCUGAAGAGGAUCACCCCAUCCCUGAGCUCCCAGACUUCCUGAAAGGAAAGCACUUUUUCCUCUACGGUAAAUUCCCCAACAACGAGAGGCGCCUGCUGUUGAGAUACAUUGUUGCCUUUAAUGGACUAAUUGAGGACUACAUGACAGAGAAGGUGCAGUUUGUUGUGACCAGUGAAGGGUGGCACGACUCCUUUGAAGACGCGCUGAUGGAGAACAGCAAUCUGAACUUUGUCAAACCUGCAUGGAUUUACGCAAUCAGUGAACGACAGAAGCUUCUACCCUAUCAACCCUACACUGUCGUCCCGUGAACAAAACGCUGUAUUUACACACAAAGGUGUGCGCACACACACUUACACUUCAUGUCCAUACCAAUGAGGAAAGCCAUAGACACGUUUUUUUUUUUUUCAGAUUCACUGCUUCCCUUCCAUAAAAGCAAUAAACCAAUUACAGUUAAUUAAUGCAUUUACACUGACGUGAUACUUGUUGUUCAUGAAAUGUUUCCAGUCCUCAGGUGUUUUCAACACAGAUAUUCUCACCUUUCAGCCAAGAUGGGAAAAUUACUUUUUAAAUGGCAUCUUUUGAGGUUAAUGAUAGGAUAUAAGGUUUAGAUUUAUUAUUAGCUUUUUAGUUGAAGGUUGUUAGUCCUAGUUUUGCAGUAAAGAUCUUCAUCAUGGGUGUGCUGCUCAGUCACUCUGGCCUCGUGAAAAAAGCACACCGUCUCUGAUUCAGGACUUGCUUGAACUCUUUGGUUCCUGUGCUGCAGUUUGCUGCUGCUCACCUUGGCUACCUCAGGCUCUGUCUGGAAAUGAGUUAUCACCCUGUCCUGACUGCCAGCAGCACUGAUAAGACUCUUGACUUGUGUAAGUGUGCAGACCAUUAUGAGACCAGCCCAAAGGCGGGUGAAAAGUGCCAUUUAUUUAGGGCUGCAGCCACCAAAUGCAAAAAUAGGGACAAUUAAACCUACAGAUGAAAAUGAAUUCUGGGGGACUGUUUGUUUUUCUCUUUUUAUUUUGGUAAAUGCCCCGAGUGGGACAGUGAUGGAUUUCUUGAUGUUAAAGUUUGAUAAAUCUGAGUUUGUGGUUUGGUUUUAUUCAUGUUUGUUGAAUUAAUAACACAAGAGAUGGACUCUCUUGACGGAUAAUAAGACGUAAAAUGGGCGUCGGUGUUUUGCGUCACUCAAAGUUUCCCAAAAUGCUUCUGAAGACUUGAGGAGAUGAUGGGCUUACUGUCUGCUUGCUUGUCCAAAGCAGCUUGUUGAAGUUUCUUGACCUUUUUUAUUUUAAUUAUUUUGUCUAAUAAAAAAUGGAUUUUUAA